GUCUCGGUCCCGGUUACCCACUUGACGACGCUUGUUUGUUUGGGUUAGUUACCAGCAAAUUGAGCAGCUCUCAGCGGCCCCGGCAAACCUGGCUGCCAUUUGCAUGGAUGCACCAUGGCCACGUUUGCGUGCAGGGUUCAAUUUUUAGACGACACAGAUCCGUUCAACAGCACCAACUUCCCGGAACCGACCCGGCCGCCGCUGUACACCUUCAGGGAGGACAUCCCGCUCAUCAACCAACUCGCAGGCAUCCACCGGCUCCUCAAGGCUCCGCACAAGCUCGACGACUGCGCGCUGCAGCUCUCCCACAAUGGCACCUAUCUGGACCUGGAGUCCUCCUUGGCGGAGCAAAGGGACGAGCUGGAAGGAUUCCAGCAGGAUGACGCAGGGUCCAGAGGGAAAAAGCACAGCGUCGUUUUACGAACCCAGCUGACAGUCCGCGUGCAUGCCUGCAUUGAACGACUGUACAACUCCAACGGACGCGACUUGAGGAGGGCGCUGUUUUCGCUCAAGCAAAUUUUUCAGGAUGACAAAGACCUUGUCCAUGAGUUUGUGAUGGCCGAAGGCUUGACGUGUCUCAUCAAAGUGGGCGCAGAAGCCGACCAAAACUACCAGAACUACAUUUUAAGAGCCCUGGGACAGAUCAUGCUGUAUGUUGACGGGAUGAACGGCGUCAUUGGCCACACGGAGACAAUCGAGUGGCUUUACACGCUUGUCGGGUCAAAGUUCCGUCUCGUGUUAAAAACAGCCAUGAAACUGUUGCUGGUCUUUGUGGAGUACUCCGAGUCCAACGCGCCGCUUCUCAUCGAAGCCAUCGCCACGGUGGAUUCCAAGAGAGGUUGCAAAGCGUGGUCGAAUGCCAUGGAGAUCUUGCAAGAGAAAGACGGCGUGGACACCGAGCUGCUGGUCUAUGCCAUGACCCUCAUCAAUAAGACUUUGGCAGCCUUACCAGACCAAGACUCCUUCUACGACAUGGUGGACGGUCUGGAGGAGCAAGGAAUGGAGACGGUAACUCAGAGACACCUGAAUCGGAAAGGCACCGAUCUGGACUUGGUUGAGCAGCUCAACAUCUAUGAGUCCACUCUUCGGCACGAGGAUGGCGACGACGACGGCCAGCCUCCGCCGACGGGUCGCCGGGAUCGCCGGCGAGCCAGCAUCGGGGGCGGCGAUAAGCGGUGCGGUUUGGAGAGGAGGCGAAGCCGCAGGGCUUCGCUGGUGCGAUCCGGGCAGGCGUCCCCCUGCAGCCCCGCGUCCCCCCAGAGGACGGUCUUUCACCCCUUUAACGGACACAGGCCCGAGGAGAUUAGCGAGAGAGAUGAGGAAUGUGAGGAUGCAGUGAUCAAGCAGUCCCAAGAGGAUGAGCCUGUACUGACUGAGACUGAUUUCGAUGAAAACGAUGACGCUUUUUUGCCUAGCCCGAGUAGUACCAGCCCGGUAAGGCAUCUUCCAUCUAUCAUUCAACGGACAUUCCAGUCCAUCACCAUCACGUCCAAACCCGUCCAUGAGCGAGAUGCCGGCAAUUGGAAGGCAUCCCCUCCGGCAAGCGCCCUGAGCUCCCCCUUGGCGCCGGUGUCACCGCCCCCCGCGCCCCCUCCUCCCAUGCCCUCCCCCCUCAGCGCCCCCUCGCUUUUGGCCGCCCUGUUGGCCAGGAAGAGGGUGACCAGCACCGUGCCGGCCACCAAAGAGAUCAGCCAGCCGUUGCGCGGCGGCUCCUGUUUCUCCCCCGAGCACCUGCCCUACAAGCCCCACUCGCCCUUCCACCUCUUCUCCUACGAUCUGGAUGACGAGACGUCACCUCAAUCUCCACCCAAACCCUGUGUGGAGACGGACAAUCCCGCAGUUCCAAGGAACGGGGGUCUCGCGUCUUACUCCACUCACAGCGGCCCCUCGACACCCACCAGUCCCAGGCCUCCCCUGGGAGGGCUCCUCUCCUCCUCGUACCGGCAACACCAGGAGUCUUUGGCGGCCGAGCGAGAGCGGCGGCGCGUGGAGAGGGAGGAGAGGUUACAAAGGAUCGAACGAGAGGAGAGGACCAAACACAGCCGAGACUAUGUGGAUAAAAUGGAAGAGGCCAGGGUGGCGCGGGAAGAAAGGUAUAAGAAUGUAGAGCGCCUGGCGGCCGAGGAAUACGAGAAGGAGCGCGUUCCCCGCGGGCCGAGGACUCACCCCGACCUCGACCUGACCUUCGAACCCUCCGACACGUGGCGGUCGUCGUCGACGCGCAGCGGCACCCCAUCGUCGCGAGAGGAGGCCGAGGCCGACGACGAAGCUGAAGACACCGCCGGCCCUCUGAGUCGGGCAACGAGGCCUCACGACCGUUGUUUUUCUAACCUCGCCGGCAUCACUACGCCCACUGUAGUCCGAGUUGUGUUUCGAGGCAAACAGGUUCUUCAUUUCCUGUUCGUAUUCCAAUUGCCGUCACAACCCGACUUUGUGUGCCUGGGAUGUGGUUUGGCAUUAGUCGAGUCAUGUUUGUUUUACUUGCGAGCGUGCGUGCAGAUGUGCGUUGACCCCCGUGUCCUUGUACAAACAGAAGUCCCCUUGAACCCCGCGAAAAACGCGAGGUGUUACACCACGUUUCCGUGGCAUUUGGAUACGAGUGUUGCGGAAAAUAAAGAAAGAAUGUAUUUCUCGGUGACAGAGGAAGCCGAUGACUCGAGGGCCAGCGUAGGACCCGAGGACAAAGAGGCUGAAGAAGAACCAGAGGAGCAAGAGGAGGAGGAGAAAAAGGAGGAGGCCCAAGAGGAAGCGGAGACAGAAAGCGAGGGGGAAGGCGAGGAGGAGGAGGAGGAGGAGGAGGAGCCUCAAGCGGCAAAGGAGCACGAGGAGGCGGAGGAGGACAGCGGCAUCCUGAGCGACAAGGAGCGGCAAAAUGAGGAGGUGAACGAGAAGGACAACUGCUCCGCCUCCAGCAUCUCUUCAGCCAGCAGCACCCUGGAGAGAGAGGAGCCAGCGAACGCGGAGAACGCCCUCAAAGAAGACGAAGUCAACAAGCAAAGCAGCAAACUCAACAGUAAACUCUUCAUGCUGGACAUGUUGUACUCGCAAAACAAGAAGCCGUGCGAGGAAGAGGAGGACGCCGAGAAGGAGAAAGAAGAAGGAGAGGGCGAGGAGAAAGAGGAGAUGCACAAGGACGCCGAGGGACAGUCGAGCGAUGAACUGGCGGACAACAAAUCCGAGCAACGGGGGAGCAUACGCCAGUUCGCCGAGCGCUUCGGGGACUUGAUCAAGGACAUGAGCAGCCCCCACCCUCACUUGGACAUCCAAGGCGACGAUGUGACGCCACUCCUUCCUCCCAAAAAGGAGUCGGACACCAUCUGGGACCAACUCUUAGCCAGCCCUCGAGAGCUGCGCAUCGGCGACAUCAACUUCACGGACCUGACGGAGGACGACGACGUCGACAUCCUGGACGCCACUCUGAUGGGCGGCUGCGGCGACCUGCCGCCCCCUCCUCCUCCUCCUCCGCCCCCUCCGCCGCCGCCUCCUCCGCACUCCUUGGCCUCCUUCCCUCCGCCCCCGCCCGUGCUGGGCACUUGUCCGCCACCUCCUCCCUUGUCGGCGAUGAUGCUGCCUCCUCCGCCUCCGCCGUCGUUGAGCUCCCGAAUGCCCGGGCCGCCUCCUCCUCCUCCUCCCGAGCCUCUUCUCUUCAACAAGAAGAAGAAGACCAUCAGGUUGUUCUGGAAUGAGGUGCGUCCAGAAUCGCCGCACAGGGACUACAAGAGAAAUGGAGACUCGGUUUGGUCCAAACUGGAUUCAGUGAAAUUAGACACAGCCAAACUGGAACAUCUGUUUGAGUCCAAGUCGAAAGAAAUGCCGGUGAUGAAGAAAACGGCAGCGGACGGCAAGCGGCAAGAGAUCAUCGUGCUGGAUUCCAAAAGGAGCAACGCCAUCAACAUCGGCCUGACCGUCCUGCCCCCACCUCGCACCAUCAAGACGGCAAUCCUCAACUUUGACGAAUAUGCGCUCAACAAGGAAGGCAUUGAGAAAAUUCUCACGAUGAUCCCCACGGAGGAGGAGACGCAGAAGAUCCAGGAGGCUCAGCUGGUUAAUCCUGACACCCCGAUGGGCUCGGCCGAGCAGUUCCUGCUCACCUUGUCCUCCAUCAGCGAGCUCGCCGCCCGACUCCAGCUGUGGGCCUUCAAGAUGGACUACGAGGCGACGGAAAAGGAAGUAGCUGAGCCAUUGCAGGAUCUCAAGGAGGGGAUGGAACAACUGGAGAAGAACAAGACUCUCCGCUACAUUCUCUCCACAUUGCUGGCAAUCGGGAACUUCCUCAAUGGAACCAACGCGAAAGGUUUCGAGCUGACAUACUUGCAGAAGGUGCCCGAAGUAAAGGACACGGUCCAUAAACAGUCUUUGUUACAUCACGCCUGCUCUGUGGUGGUGGAGAACUUUCCUCAAAGCACGGACCUCUACUCGGAAAUCGGGGCCAUCACACGUUCCGCAAAGGUGGAUUUCGACCUGCUGCAGGAGAACCUGGGUCAGAUGGAGCGUCGCUGCAAAGCCUCGUGGGACCACCUGAAGGUGAUUGCCAAGCACGAGAUGAAACCGCAGCUCAAGCAGAAGAUGUCGGACUUCCUCAAAGACUGCGCGGAGCGAAUCAUCAUCCUCAAGAUCGUCCACCGCAGGAUCAUGAAUAGGUUCCAUUCAUUCCUGUUGUUUCUGGGGCAGCCGGCUUACAACGCGAGAGACGUCAGCGUGCAAAGGUUCAGUAAGAUCCUCAGCGAGUUCGCUCUGGAGUACCGGACGACCCGAGACCGCGUGCUGCAGCAAAAACAGAAACGCGCCGACCACCGCGAGCGGAACAAGACGCGAGGCAAGAUGAUUGUGGACGUCGACGCGACAGUGAGUUGCCCCGCCAACAAGACCUCUUCGCCGCACCCUCAGUCUGAUGAUGAAGAGGAGAGCGAGAGUGGGAGGUAUGGUCCAAGCAGCGCCCCUAGUGGCUGCCAGAGCGAUCAGCCCCAAGGUCUGGGCCACGCAGAGGAUGCCGCAGAACACGAGCACAUGAAAGCCGUGCUUCGAACGAGCCUUAGCUGCGGUGCCGACAAGGACGGAAGCGGUGUGCCGGGCCUACGGACGCGCACUCGAUCAAGACCGGGACGGGGAGGGAGCAGCAUGCGGGCGCGGACGCCGGCCGUGGAAGACGCUCAGGUGUGCGGAGACGACACCGCCGAUGAGAUCAUGGAACGCAUCGUGAGGUCCGCCACUCAGGCUCCAGGAAGUAGACCGCAACCACGAGAGAGGAGGAGGUCGAGGGCCAACCGAAAAUCACUGAGGCGGACCCUGAAGAACGGUUUGACCCCGGAAGAAGCGUUGGCGUUGGGUUUGACCGAUUGCGGCGAGCCGCAAGUGUAAUCCACGCCCCUCUGGCGGUCUGUCCUGGUCGCCGUCGGCAACCCGGUCUCUGCCCUUCACCCCGCCGGCUGCCUUUGCUACACAGUCUACUUGUUGCACCAAGCAGAAGCUCCAGGUUUCUGUCAGCUGCUAACCUUGCCGGAUGUGUCUGAGUGCUGGAGUCAGUGUUGUUGUUUUGUUUUGUUUUGUUUUGUUUUGUUUUUUGUUUGUUUGAAUGCUGCACAAAGACAAUCCUCCUGAGGGUGUGAUGAACAAAGAGGAGGCAUCGUGACCAGGAGGAAAAAAGCGAUGCUGCCACUAGCGCUAAUCGAAACAACUGUUAUUUAAUGACGUCACCGUGACUCCUAUUUAAGCUGUGAACGUAUGACCCAAAGAUAAACUGAUCACUCGCACCCUCGUUCCAAAGUACCUUAAGACAACAAGAAUCAACACGAGAAAGGCAAACCUGAAACGGUCGCUUGUGGCAACGAAAAGGUCUUCAAUUGGCUGUGUGCCUUUCUCGGAUCAAAAGGGACAAUGCUGUAUUGCUUCACUCACCUGCUUCUGUUAUCUGUUAAGUUCCUCGGAGUUGCAGAAAAUUAACUUUUCUGUUUUGGGGCGAAAAUGUUCUCAGUAUGUAUUUGAAAGCUCUCAGUCUCAUUCUCAAGCUUUUUGCACCCUUACUAAGUCACUCUCACGGUACAGGGAGUUUUUAUUUUUGAGGAACUGAUUGUAAAGUGUAAAAAGACAAGAUUGUUUUUUUUUUUUGUUUGUUUGUUUUUACAAUUAUUAAAGUAUUUGAAAGACAUGCAGCGAAGACGUGUACAUGCCCUGUUACAUCGGUGUUCGUAGCGUGCACGUGCAGUGCACUUCAAGUUGUGUUUAUAAUAUCUGUAGAAAGCUGUAUUAUAGUUGGAGCAAAACAAACAGAAGAGCCUAAUCUGUAAAAUAUGAUCAAACACAAAUGGAAACUGUAGAUUUGGUUGUGUAGAGGGAAGUAUUAUUUUUAUGGAGGUACUCCUCGCUACUUUUGCUUUCAAAGCAUUUUGUUUUUGUAAACGUUAUCAAGCUGAAGGAAAUGAAGGCCCUUCAACAACCUGGGAAACAUCACCGCAUAUAUGGCAGACCAUGAAGUCCAAUUGUCUCACUUGAAAUGCUGUUUGGACAUGUUCUACCAGAAUAAAAAUAAAACUGUGUGUGGAGGCGAGAGGGCGUUGGCAUAUGAUUCCAUUCUGUUAUGUGCCAUUUUGAUUUGAUUUCACUUUGUAUGAAGUGCAUUUUUCAAAUGCACUUUUAAUGUGCUGUUUGUCAACAGUGCACUUCCCCACCAACCACAAGAAAGAUAGCAAUAGGAAUGUG